UCUAUCUAUUCUGCUCUUCCUCAAUACAAAACCCUUUAUCUUUUCUACAUUUGAAAAGUCCAAUACACAUCCUGGCUAUGGCGUCUCAAAAGGUAACAUCAGCUCUAGCGGCCAUAGAGGCAGCCCCGCAACAGAACAAACCACAGCUCUACAACAACCUACUUGUGGAAAUCGUCUCGACUACAUCCGAACACGAGCUUGCACAGGACCUCAUCUACUACCUCGAUUCCAUACUCAACGAAGAUAUCAGCAUUGUCGCCGUCCGCUCCCUACUCGAUUCGUUCGUCGAUGUGCUGCGAAAGUUGACACCGGAGACCAAGAUCAAAGUCGGUCAACAUGCCGUUACCCUGCUUCAGUCCCGUUCUACGUCUGUGGAAGAACAGGACUCUCAGAUUAGAGAGUUGUUGGCGGAUGCCUACGAGUCUGAGGAAGAAUACAGUGCUGCUGCGCGAGUGCUACAAGGAAUCCACCUUGACAGUUCGCAACGGCUUAUUUCCGACUCGGCGAAAGUAAGGCUCUGGAUUCGAAUCGUGAGGUUAUACUUGGAAGAAGACGAUACAACGAGCGCGGAGGGCGUGUUGAAUCGCAUCAAGAACCUGCCAAGCAAAAUUGAGGAUCAUGAAUUGAAGUUGCACUUCCAGCUCUCGCAGGCGAGGAUCCUCGAUGCCCGUCGACGAUUCCUAGAUGCUAGCCAGGAAUACUUUAAUGUCAGUCUGGCAAGUGGUGUGGAUGAAAGCGACCGUCUUCAGGCGCUUUCGGCAGCUAUUAUCUGUGCCGUUCUCGCCCCGGCCGGUCCGCAACGCGCACGAACUCUGGCACGGCUGUACAAGGACGAUCGCGCGUCAUCGGUGGAAGAGUUUGGCAUUCUAGAAAAGAUGUUUUUGGACCGGCUGCUCAACCCGGAUGAGGUGGCUGCUUUUUCAAAGAAGCUGGCACCGCACCAGUUGGCUCAGACUGCAGACGGAACGACGGUGCUUGACAAGGCAGUGAUCGAGCAUAACCUCGUUGCUGCCAGCAAGCUGUACGAGAACAUGAAGAUCGAUGCUCUUGGGGUUGUUCUCGGGCUGCAAGACGGUCCGGAGAUUACGGGUGGAGAGAAGGCAGAGGCUUAUGCAGCACGGAUGGUCGAGCAAGGCCGUCUCAAGGGCAGUAUCGAUCAGAUUGCGGGUGUAAUCCACUUUGAUUCGAGUGCCGUUGGCUCUGGGGCAACGUCCAAGCAGAUCCGACAGUGGGACACGGGGGUGCAAGGGCUGGCAGAGGAUGCUGAGAGGGUUGCUACUAGCAUAACGGAUGCGUUUCCGAAUUUUGCAGUGGGGCAAAUGGUACAAUAGUUGAGACCAGGUGUAUAGCUGCUUCUUACACGACGAAACGACAGAUACCAAGUACAUCAUUGAUUCAAGAAUCUGAAAAGAGAAAUAUGUCAUUGUGAAGGCAACAGCUGUAGUGUUCUUGUUGUGUUCAACAGGAUGGUUCGGGCCGGGUGAUCCGGGCCAGGUAACCUGGGAAACAUGGAAGCCGCCGAUGCAGCCAGAGAGCAGGAUAAGGAUGCCAGGGUGACAUGACCACUUGCUGCAUGGCUCCGGAUGGCGAAUUAUAGUAGUCUUGCAGUGUAUUAGUGGACGAGAAAGAUCCGAGGCACAGCGUCUGCACGAGAGCAGGAGACAGCCUAGGCAUGUCAGGGAGUAGCCAGCAUGUUGUUGAUAUCCAUGAUAUGAUACCAAUAUCAGUGAUUUAGCUGAAGACAUGAGAUUUUGAAGGCCGGCAGGCUGUCUUGG